GCGAAUGAAAAACAGCAGAAGUUAGAUGUUAAUCUUGCAUUCCACGGGAAAUGUCAGGCCAAAGCCAAAUGUUCAGCUGCUAUUUGUUGAACUAAAGAAAGUUGUGGGGUUGCAAUGGGAAUGGAAAGUAAAGCAGCUUAAUGACAAAGAGUUUUUAAUCAACUUUCCAUCGGAUGAUGUGAGAAGUAAAAUAUCCACUUGCAAGAGCUUUGAUUUUGAGACCUCUCUAAUCAAGGCUAGUGUGGUGGAGACAGGUAUGACAGAAGAGGCUGUUGAUGAGCUAGUUGCUGUUUGGGUCAAAGUAUAUGGCAUACCAAAGAUUGCUAGGAAUGAGGAUGCUAUUAAGUCCAUUGCUGAGUUGGUGGGGGAAUUUGAAGCUCUAGAUGGUGCUAGUAUCAGAAGAGAUGGUCCAAUCAGAGUGAGAGUUGCUUGUAAGGACCCUAGGGAAUUACACUUCGGGAUGCAUGUCUAUAUCAACAAAGUGGGAUACUUAAUCAGAUGGGAGCCAGAAGGGUAUUCGUCUAUUGAGAAUAGACCAAUUCACCCUGAUGACGAUGACAAAGAUGACAAAGACGAGAAUGACGGCAAUGAAGACAUGAAUGUUGAUGAGGAUUACAAGAUGCAAAGCCCUACUAGAGGUAGACAGAACCAGAAUACAGGUGCUUCAUCAAGGGGUGGACACUCUGCGCCACCUGCUUACAAAGGCAAGGAAUAUAAGAGUGGUUAUGUCAAGAAGAUUGCCUCUAAGAAAACCUCUACUAUCUCAUCCUCAGAACUGGUUUUGGAGAAAGAAAAAAAGAAAGAGUUAGUGUCACUACAGCAGGAACCAAAGCACACAGAGUCAACUGAGCUGGUGUUGUGGGAGAAAAAGAUGGAGAUAGUCCCUAUGGAACAAGAAUCCCAGGAAAUUGACUUCUCUCUAUCUGCUCCUCUGCACUCUCAAGAGAAGGAGUUUUCUGGGAAGAUUGAUGCUGCUUUGUGGGAUGAUGAGUUGGAGAAAUGUGCAAUACCUACUGAUUCAGAUAUAGAAAGACUAAGAGAGGAAGAAGACAAGGAGGAAGAAAUCAGUUUUCAAGAGGUUUCACACAGAAAGAAAGGGAAGAGCAAAUCAACAGAACCUGCAAUCUCAUCUAGGAUGAGCCUCAGGAAUAGAGAGAUGGCAACCAUUCCAGUCACUAAGAGAGCUGAGAUCCUAACACAGAAGAAGAACUUGGAGAGUCCGGCUCAGGUAACAACUCAAAUCCUUUUGCAAUUUUCCAACUUAUUGAUGCAGCUGAGUUGAAUGCUAUAGCGGUAGCUGCUAAUAUUAAUCUAGGUAAUAGUGAUGCUGAAAUAAAUUCUAACAUUGAGACAUUUAGAGCUAAGGAGUUAGUGCAGGCCUCUCUAGCUGCAGCCAGAUGGAAAAUAGAAUCUGAGGAAAAAGAGUUGAAAGAGAAACAGUUAGAGGAGAUGGUCAAUAAAGAGAUAUCACAAAUAGAGGAGAACCCUGAUGAGGUUCCUGCGCAUAAGAAGAGAGAUGGUACCAAAAAAACAAAGAAAAAAUGAAAAUUCUUUUUUGGAAUGCAAGAAGGUUAGGGGGCAAACCUAGGAAAAGACAGCUGAAAGAGUUGAUAUAUGAGAGGGGUCUCGAUAUUGUUUGCAUACAAGAGACUAAGAAAGAGAGUUUUAAUAGUAGAGAGCUGAAUUCUUACCAAGGGGCAAAAGAGUUCUUUUGGUGCUGGAAAGCAUCCAGAGGGGCGUCAGGAGGUAUUCUUAUAGGAGUUAAUCAAGAGGUUGCAGAGGUUACUAAUACACAUGUAGGGGCUUAUUUCCUGAGUUGUGAGAUAAAAUGCAAGAGAGAUAAUGAAUCCUGGGAAGUGAUUUCUGUUUAUGGUCCAGUUGACAACAGUUUGAGAGAGAGUUUUCUAGAGGAGUUAAAUUGGCAUUUACAAUUCAGACAGCUCCCUGUGGUUGUAGGAGGAGAUUUUAACUUGUAUAGAUUUGCUAGUGAGAAAUCAAACAAUAACUUAGAUUUUAGGUCCAUGGAGAAGUUUAAUUCUUUCAUUGCUAACUUAGAAUUAAGAGAGCUGUUUAGAAGUGGUCCCACAUUUACAUGGACUAACAAACAAGAGAUUCCUGUUCAAGUGGUCUUAGAUAGAGUACUGGUCAGCACAGAUUGGGAUGACAAGUUCCCUACCUCUCUUCUUUCCUCUAUCUUGAGAGUUGGUUCUGAUCACACCCCACUCCUUUUAGAUACUAAUGAGCUAGAUGUGAAGGGGUGUAGUUAUUUCAAAUUUGAGUCAGCAUGGCUGAUCCAAGAAAACUUUGUGGAGAUGGUGAGAUUGAAGAUGACCCCCAGAGAUGACUCUUACAUUUUAGAAUACUGGAACAAAAAACUGGUUCCUCUGAGGAGAUUUUUAAAAGGCUGGUGGAUAAAUGUACAAAGAGAUGCUAGGAUUAAGAAGGUAGUGCUGAAAAAUCAGUUAGAAGAAUGGGACUUGCAGGCUGAACAAAGAGAUUUGUCAUGUGAAGAAUGGAAUGAGAGAUAUGCAAAAGAGACUGAACUUGAACAUAUAUAUGAGUUGGAGGAGCUCUUAUGGCAUAAAAGAGGUGGAGGCCAAUGGCUACUGGAGGGAGAUAGAAACACGGAAUUUUUCCACAGAGUUGCUAAUGGUAGAAGAAGGAAAUGCACUAUUGUUUCAUUAGAAGAGGAUGGACGCUUGAUAACUAAUAAAGAUGAACUCUCUGAUCACAUUGUGGGUUACUAUAAAGAGCUGUUUAGAGCUGAUACUCCAUCUAACAUACACUUAUCUCAAGGGGUUUGGGAGGAGAGUUUUUCACUUACUAAUGAUGAGAAGCUAAAUCUCAUCAGACCUUUUACUAGAGUAGAGCUGGACAAAGUGAUCAGAGAAGCCAAGACUAAUACUGCACCUGGCCCUGAUGGGUUCAAUGUACACUUUUAUAGAACCUUUUGGGCUGAAGUGAGAGAGGACUUAUUUGAGAUGCUCAUUCUCCUCUACAAUGGGGAACUUGAUCUAAAGAGAUUGAACUUUGGUGUGAUAUCUUUGAUUCCCAAGAAAAGUGACCCUUCUGACAUUAGACACUUCAGACAUAUAUGUGUGCUGAAUGACUGUUUUAAAUUCAUUAGUAAAGUGGUUACUAAUAGAUUCACAGAGG